AUGGCGGCGCUGACGACGCGCCUGCGGUGCGGUCUAAGCAACGCACUCAGAGCAUGUCGCAGCAGUCAGACGACUCGCAGACGGCUGCAGAUUGUUCACAAGCGCAACUUCACUUGCGAUUGUGGUACCACGCGCUUCCCUUCGUCGGCCCCGUGCAACUUGCGCAUCAACCCCGAGACUGGCACCAAGGGCGGUGUGCACUCUGAGGAGCCCGAUGCGAAUAACAAGUACAACAUCAACUUUCGCAACCUUUUCUGUGGUUGCCAGGUUUACUAUGACCCCUUCAAGCAGAAGGGCACCAUGUUCCAGUGCCUUGGCCUGGGCACACACGAGACAGGUGGUUGCGGCGAGGACUGGUAUCACCCUGGGUGUCUUGCCGGUCUUGGACCCGAGUGGUAUAAGGACCUGCCAAAGGAUGAGACCAAGACCAAAGUCAAGACAGAUGAUCAAAAUGGCUUGCCUACCAUCGUAGAAGAUGCUGGGGCCGAACAGCAGAAUGGCGACGUUGUGGCGGAAGCAGAACAAGGCGAUGAAGCAGCUCCCGAAGAAGGGGAGGAAGAAGAUGACCCUCCUAUGCCGCCCGGCUUCCCCGACGAGGACGAAUUCGAAGGCUUCAUCUGCUAUAAGUGCCUAGACGCCUACCCCUGGCUCAAGCGCUACGCCGGCGCUCCGGGUUUCCUCGCUCCUGUGUACUACAAGCCGCCCAGCGAAGCUUCAACCAACUCUCCCGAAGUGGCCGACAUCAAGCGAGAAGAAUUACCCGCUGCCCCCCUUAGCAACGGCAACUCCUCCUCCAAGAAACGCAAAUCCUCAGACGAUCCCUCCGCCGACGACGCAUCUGACUCCCAAGUCAUGAAGCGCCCCCGAAGCGAAGCCUCCCCCCUCCCAACCCCCACUGAUUCUCAACCUACGCAAGACCCCUCUAAAGCCACCUGCAAACUCUCUUCCCUCCCUCCAGCCCCUCCCGGCCGCUUCUCCCUCUUCUUCAAAUCCGACUUCCGCGCCCACCUCUGCCAUUGCCCCCAAUGCUUCCCCCUCCUCACCCCUCACCCACACCUCCUCGAAGAAGAAGAAACCUACGAACCCCCCCUCUCCUCCGACGGCGGCGACCCGACCAAUCCCCAAGGCGGUACCUCCUCGGGCGGAUCACUCUACGACCGGGGCGAAUCCGCCCUCCGCACAAUCGACCGCGUGCGUGCUAUUGAGGGCGUCAUGGCGUACCAGCAUUUGAAGGACAAGCUAAUGCCGUUUUUCGAAGAGUUUGCGCGCAGUGGGAAGGUGGUGAGCGCGGAGGAUGUGAAGGCCUAUUUUGCUAAGUUGAGGGGCGAUGAGGAGAAGGAGAGGAUGGCGAGGGUAGGGGCAGAGAGGAGUCGAGAUGGUCAGGGGGAAGGGGAUAAUCAGAGGGAGCAGAGUGGGUACUAG